AUGUUUAAGCCCUGGAAAAUAGCUAAACGUGCACAAUACGUGCCUCGUGCUAUCUGUCUGAAACGGUCUCCCCUUCAACCUUCUCUACCAAACCAGAACAUGCUCCAUCGUCCGUCAGUAAAGGCACUCGAAGCCGCUGCGUCGGGGAAGCGCAAGCGACGCCGCGACGAUGUAGAGCCAGAGCCAGACUCCGAGCAACCUUUCAAGUGGCCGCGCAGAGGCCUACUGCGUCUUAGAAGGGGGCUUCCUCCACGACCUUUCCCGUUCUUGAAUCUGCCUCCCGAACUGCGCAACCGAGUGUAUGAGCUCGCGUUCGACAUCACAUAUCGGGCUUUCCCAACAAGUUCUUUUCGUAAGGAAUACCAGCUGCGGCUUUUCAGCGAAGUUCGUCUCAGCACCAAGACACCACCACCUAUCCCGUAUCUCGGCCUGGUACAAUCGUGUCGCCAGAUCCGGAAGGAAUUCCAUUCUUGGUGGAUGAAUGCUCACCGCAUCCCACUCUGUAAUACGAACAAAUAUCUGCGAACAUUCUUCCCGCCGCGUCCAAAAAGCGACACGGCCUACUAUGCCUCCAAGGGUAACGUAAGGAUAUAUCUUCGCCGCAUCGAGAUGCCGCAUCGGGACUUAUUGCCUGUGAUCAAACAUAUGCUUCGAUUCCCUCAGCGUACGAUGGAAGUUGAACAGGUUGCCUCUAUUUCAGACCCACUGUUCGAUGGAUUGACCCAAUUGCUUGGCAAUAAGCAUCCGAUGUGGCUGCGUUGGAUACGGACCAAUGUCCUCAGUCAAGUCCGACUGGCACCCAGAGACUCGCCCCCACAUGGGCUCCAGCACCGCAUCAUCCUUGUCGUGAAGGAGAAGCAUGCCACUCCUUGGAUGAAAACCGUGUUCGGCGCACCUUCUGGGGCAGAUCGUGAUGAGGACGCGUUUGGCAAUUUUCUGGCAUCCAUUGGCCUGAACAAUGUUAUCGGCUGGCGAAUCGACUUUGCGGUCGACUAUCGAUGA